UGGUCAAAGGCCUGUUGGUGCAGAGAGGGGGAGGCCGCGGGGCGAGGAGAGAUAGGAGCUGGUUAAUGGUUAACCGCCGGGGCUUGUAAAGCCACAGAGCAAGACAGUGAACCUUUGGAGUUUGAUAUGAUGGGAUUACCGAGUCACCCCCAACGACACGUUGCCAAAUUCACCAGAAUGAAGGUCUGAGGCUUCCGGGUGGUGAUCUCUGAAAUUGCUCAGUGAGCACCCCUAAUUCUUCUGAUUUAUUGCUGAUAAUCAUUCACAAUGGAAACCAAUCAAAAAUCCGGGGAUGGACUGGCUGGCACCCAGAAAGAGGCAGUGUUGCGUGCCCUCAUCCAACGCACAGGAUAUCACUUGCACCAGGAAAAUGGACAGAGGCGAUAUGGCGGUCCCCCUCCUGGCUGGGAAGGCCCCCCUCCUGAGAGAGGGAGUGAGAUCUUUGUGGGCAAGCUGCCUCGUGACCUCUUUGAAGAUGAGCUGGUGCCACUCUGUGAGAAGUUUGGAAAGAUCUAUGAGGUACGGAUGAUGAUGGACUUUAACGGCAACAACCGAGGCUAUGCAUUUGUCACUUUCGGCACAAAGCAAGAGGCCAAAACCGCCAUGAAACACCUCAACAAUUAUGAAAUCAGGAAUGGCCGACUGUUGGGAGUCUGUGCCAGCGUGGACAACUGUCGCCUGUUCGUUGGCGGAAUCCCCAAAACCAAGAAGAAGGAGGAGAUCCUGGCAGAGAUGAAGAAAGUGACCGACGGCGUCGUGGACGUUAUCGUGUACCCCAGCGCCGCCGACAAGAGCAAGAACCGCGGUUUCGCCUUUGUGGAGUAUGAGAGCCACCGCGCCGCAGCUAUGGCCCGUCGGAAACUGUUGCCAGGGCGGAUCCAGCUUUGGGGUCAUGCCAUUGCGGUCGACUGGGCGGAGCCAGAGGUCGAAGUGGAUGAGGAUACCAUGGCAACGGUGAAAAUCCUCUACGUGCGUAACCUAAUGCUGGGGACCACAGAAGAGACGAUCGAAAAAGAGUUUAACAGCGUCAAACCAGGAUCUGUGGAGCGGGUGAAAAAGAUCAGGGACUACGCUUUUGUCCACUUUGGUCAGAGGGAGGACGCUAUCGGUGCCAUGGAGGCUCUGAAUGGAAAGAUUGUGGACGGCUCUCCCAUUGAAGUGACCCUCGCCAAGCCGGUGGACAAGGACAGCUACGUGCGCUACACCCGGGGCACAGGUGGGCGCGGGGCAGCACUGCUGCAGGGGGAGUACGCCUACACCCUGGGCCAGGUGUACGACCCCUCCGCCGCCUACCUGGGCGCGCCCGUCUUCUACGCACCCCACGCCUACGCCACCAUCCCCAACCAGUUCCGCUUCCCCACUGCCAAGGGGAAUGUGGGGACACGAGGUCUCGUCCGAACGCCAUCGGUCAGAGACAUUUACAUGAGUGUGCCUGUAGGGGCGGCUGGGGUGCGAGGGCUGGGGGGCAGGGGCUACCUGGCGUACGCCGGCGGCAUGGGCCGCGGCAUCUCCGCCUACCCGCUGAAGGCCGACAAGCGGCCGGAAGACAAGCUCUACGACCUGCUGCCAGGCAUGGAGCUCACGCCCAUGAGCGGCGGGGGGCUGAAACCGCAGGCCAUCAAGCACGCGCCACAGAUCCUGGAGGACAUCUGUCAGAAGAAUAACUGGGGCCAGCCUGUGUACCAGCUGCACUCUGCCAUCGGGCCUGACCAGAGACAGCUCUUCCUCUACAAGAUCACCAUCCCCGCCCUGGCCACGCAGUACCCUAAUGUCCAUCCUUUCACGCCAGCCAAGCUGUGUGCAGCCGUGGAGGAGGCCAAGAUCCACGCGGCCGAGCACACGCUGCAGACCCUGGGCAUGCAGACAGAGGGCGCCGAAGCCUCCGCUGCUGCAGCAGCCGCAGCUGCCGCCGUUGCUGCCUUCCCAGGUUAUACGAUAGCCAGCGCCUCUGCCACAGUGGCAGCCAACCAGCUCAAGCAAGCCGUCUCUCUGGGACAGGACCUGACGGCCUACGCCACCUAUGAGGGCUACCCCGCCUUCGCCGUGGCAACCCGAGGGGACGGCUACGGAGUGUUCUAAGGGCCGCACGGCGACUAGCUCCCUCCCUGGAUUCUGAAAACAUCUCUGUUGUGAUUACGUCGUAACUCAACACGCCAUUGAUUUUUACUUUGAUUCCGACGAUUAUGUUUAAUAGCCAUAUUCCCGACAUUAGCCAAUGCUCGUUUAAAUGUGACUUAAUGACGCCAAUUAACCUUGUGAUAGUUUAGUGAACGUGUCAGUCUCUUGGCAUCCCCUGUAGGGAUCUGGGCAAGCCUAAAGGCUGUUUACAGAACGAUGUCUCUGUACCCCCAUUUGCGGUUUAUACAGUAUCUCUUUUUUUAUUUUGUUUUUAAUGGCCUUUUUGAAGGAACCUGUUAGGGCCUGUCUCAUUUAUUCACAUAAGCACACUUUGAAACCACUCUUCUUAGAAAAUACGUCAUGUGUAAUGUUUAUUGUUUUGUUUUUACAAGCCUGUUAUCUGUGAUAGACUAUGUGUUGAAAUGUUCUUUAUUCGUUUGGGGGAGAGGGGGCUUUGUAUGUUGAGGGGGUUGGGGAGGGGUUUGUGGUUAUAUGUAAAGAUCCAUACAUGAGGUACACAAAGCUAACCAUUCUUUCAGGGAAACUGGGAGCACAGGAAACCACAGCUGCCUAUUGUGUAACUUUGCAUUUAGUUCCUGUCAGGUGUGAUAGAACUUGGGGACCAUGCAAAUUAGAAUGUAUGGUCCAGGCAGAAUUCAAUCAUGCUCUUUUAUGUCUCAUUUGGCUGCUAAAAAGCCCAGUGUGUGUUAGGGACGAGUGCUUUUAGAUCAUGUGUGUAAAGGGGUGAGUUUCUUCUGCCUAUUUAGUUAUUUUUUUCACUUUAUUCUUUUUUUUUUUCUCCAGUAUUUACGAACAUAAACUAAAGAAUUAUGGACUUUUUAGCUUUCCCUUUGAGCCAACCGUUGUUAUUUCCGUGCAUCUUUAUUACUUGUUCACUUUUUUAAAAACAUAUAUGUGUGUGUGAAAUGUUUUAGGGCUGUUGACAAUCCAUACGUUAAGCAACUGCGUCAAGGGCAUUUUGCCCGAGAUGACUCUGACUUUAAUGGCACACAGUAUCCCUCGUUUUAUAGGAAGAUACCAAAAGCGGCAACAGUAUUAAAGUGUGUAUAGCACUUACAGUUUUAUUUUUUUAUACUAGACGUCCAACACUAUUUGUCUACGGAGACUAUUUUGUCUUGGGUAUUUUUUUGCCUGAUUCACAUAAUCAGUGUCUUGGUAAUUGGUAUCGGAGAUUAGCAAAGAAAAUCAUCAGCAUGGUAAAAAAAAGGGAUGCAAAUUUUAAAAUCGGGAAGAAAAUGUGAAACACCAUUGUGCCUCAACAAGAGUGGUUCUGCUUGGGUAAUUCAAAUGUGUCAUUUACAUAUCAAUAAAUCUAAACCUUGUUCAAUCAA